AUGGCUUUCCAAAAAAACUCAAAAAACGACAGUAAUAAGUCGGCAGACUCUUCAGAUGAAAGCGACUCUGAGUGUGAAUAUGACUCCACCUGGGAGAAUGAAGAAAUUGAUCGAACUAAGAGGUCACGCAGGCGAUGGAGUCGGAGGAACCUGCGUGCUGCAGAGGACAUGUGGAAUUACAGGCAUAACUAUCCUGGCAGGAAAAUGGAUAAUGAUCUUCAAAACACGGAUCAGCCUAACCUGCAGUUUUAUCGAAACAAGAGACCAUCUUCGCCAGAUGGUGUUUACAUUGAUGGUUUUCACAACCAGUGGUGGGGUGAUUAUGACAAACUGGAGUGGGUUCAUUCAUACAUUCAAUGGCUGUUUCCUAUCGAAGAAGAUGGGAUGAACUAUAGUGCCUUUAAACUGACUAAAGCUGAAAUCAAGAGCUUCCAAAAAGAUGAGGACGCAAAGGAAAGGCUUCUGAAAUCCUAUCAGAUGAUGCUGGACUUUUAUGGCAUAAAGCUGGUUGAUGAGGAAACUGGGAAGGUGGAACGUGCAGACAACUGGGAGGACCGAUUCGAUAACCUUAACAGAAACACUAACAACAAUCUUCGUAUUACACACAUCCUGAAGUGCCUGGGCACCCUGGGGUUUCAGCACUACCAGGCCCCACUGGUACGCUUCUUUCUAACGGAGACUCUUGUUAAGAAGACGCUUCCCAGAGUGAAGAGCAGUGUUCUAGACUACUUUAUGUUUGCUGUCCUUGACAAAGAUGAGCGCAGGGAACUCGUUAAAUACGCAUUCAAGAACUUUGAGCCUAAGGGAGACUUUGUGUGGUGUCCCAAGUGGAUCCAGAAAAGGUUUCUGGAGGAAUAUACCCAAAAAGAGACACGAGCCAAAGACAGUGAUGAAGCCAUAGACAUGGAGUCAAAUUCAAACAAAGACACCCCUGGGAACACAGAAGUCAAACAGAUGAAUGUCCAAGAGGAUAACCAAGAAGAGCCUGUCCAGGGCGUUUCCACACCUUUCGCCCAAUGA